ACCUAAUUCUCAACUCGGGCAUCCCAACGCUGAGUUUGAUUUUUUGUUUUUUAUUUCUUGUUUCGAUCUGUUUGGAAAAUCUGAAUUGUUGCUUUUAUACCAUUCGGGUUCAUUUGUAUUUGAAGUGUCCCGGUACGAGAACUUUGACUGAUGUUUAAUUUUGAAUUUGCUUGUCUCAUUGGUGGGGGAUUUCACUUUGAGACCUUAAGUUCUUGGGUAGAUCUGGUCAAUGGUGUUGGUGUUUGGUUUUUUUCAUCUUAUAAGUAGCUUUAUGCAUUGAUGCCCAAUCUGGGUUUUCAUUAUUUUCUUUAUUGAAUUAUGUAAUAAUUUAAAAUGUUAGUUUGGGGUUGAUCUGGGUUUCAAGUAUAUGUCUCAGUUGAACUAUAUCUUUUAGUAGGAUUGACUCCGGCGUAGAGUAGCGAAUUCGGUAUUUCAAGGAGCUCUCUUUCUCUGUCUCUCCCCCUCCUUAUAUCUGAAGUUUGCUUGGUCCCGAACUCAAUAAUUGUUCUUUCUCUACAUUUGGUCUAAUCAACCGAGUUCAUUGGUUCAUUAUGUUCAUGUUUCGGCAUUUUGAGUAUUUGAUUUUUUUUCCUCAUCCUCUGUAUAUGGUCCACGAAUCCAGAAAUUUCUGCAUUCCAGAACAAAGCUGUUCCUUUCUUGCUAUGUCCAUGUUUCAGUUUUCUAUAUAACUGCAGGUUUUAUCUACACCGUUUAUUUGCAGUUAUAGCUGCACCUUUAAUUACAUGUUCUGAUAUAUAUUUGGUUUGAUAGCGAUUAGUUUGUUAGCUGCACCUUUUACACAAAUUGAUAGUUGAAUUAGUUUGUGUUGAGCUCCAAUGGUCAUUAAGAAUGGAAUUAUUUGGCCAGGUUUUGGAAUCUUGUGUGUCUGGGUUCUGGACUCAUGGUUCAAUCAUCAAUUGAACUGUAUCUAGAAACUGGAACAAACAUGGGGCAUCUAAAACCAGACUCUGGAACCAUCUCAUUUAAUGGUGAAAGAAAGGAAUCUCCAGCUAAGAAUUUCAGAGGUGCUUUAGCUUGUAUGGUUAAUUCUGAAAUAGGUGCUGUUUUGGCUGUGAUGCGAAGAAAUGUACGAUGGGGAGUUCGCUAUGUGGCAGAUGAUGAUAAGCUAGAGCACUCUCUCAUCCAUUCUUUGAAAGAACUUCGAAAGAAGAUAUUUUCUUGGCAAAAUAAGUGGCACAAUGUCGAUCCAGCUGUGUACCUCCAGCCAUUUUUGGAUGUCAUUCAAUCUGAUGAAACUGGUGCACCAAUCACUGGAGUUGCAUUGUCAUCUGUUUACAAGAUAUUGAGCCUUGACAUACUUAAUCUUGAUACUGUGAACGUGGGAGAUGCUAUGCAUUUGAUAGUUGAUGCAGUGACAAGUUGCCGGUUUGAGGUCACUGAUCCUGCCUCUGAAGAAGUGGUGCUGAUGAAGAUACUUCAGGUUCUUUUGGCUUGCAUGAAGAGUACGGCAUCCGUUAGGUUGAGUAAUCAGCAUGUGUGCAAUAUUGUAAAUACAUGCUUUCGAGUGGUUCAUCAAGCUAGCUCCAAAGGUGAAUUGUUGCAGCGGAUUGCACGCCAUACUAUGCAUGAAUUGGUUAGGUGUAUUUUCUCUCACUUGCCUGAUAUAGACAGCACCGAACAUGCAUUGGCUAAUGGAAACAGUUCGUGUGUUAAUAAAGAGGUAGGUUCACCAGAGAAGGAUCAUACAUUCGAAAGUGAACAGCUACAAAAUGGUGAUGGAGUUGAAUUUGGUGGUCAAUCAUCCGCAUAUGCUUCAAAGGCUCCCAUGAGUAUGUCAGCUAGUGGGACGAGCAAUGGGGGGACAAAUGCUAGUAAUGGAGUGGAGCCUACUAAAAAUGAUGAGAAACUUUUGAUGGAACCGUAUGGGGUCCCUUCAAUGGUGGAGAUAUUUCACUUUCUGUGCUCUCUUUUGAAUGCCAUUGAGCACAUAGAAUUCGGUCCUCAAUCAAAUCCUAUAGCAUAUGAUGAAGAUGUUCCCUUAUUUGCAUUAGGCUUGAUUAAUUCAGCUAUUGAGUUGGGUGGCCCCUAUAUAGGUAAACACCCCCAGUUAUUGGCUAUUGUUCAAGAUGAACUGUUUCGUAAUCUUAUGCAAUAUGCUUUGUCGAUGAGUCCCCUGAUUCUCUCAACAGUAUGUAGCAUUGUUCUUAACCUGUAUCAUCAUUUAAGAACCGAGCUAAAAGUGCAGCUUGAAGCUUUCCUGUCAUGUGUGCUUUUGAGGCUUGCCCAAAGCAAGCAUGGCUCUUCAUACCAACUGCAGGAGGUUGCUAUGGAGGCUCUGGUUGAUCUCUGCAGGCAACACACUUUUAUGGCUGAGAUGUAUGCAAACUUUGAUUGUGACAUAACCUGCAGUAAUAUGUUUGAAGAUCUUGCUAACCUGCUGUCAAAAAGCGCAUUUCCUGUGAAUGGACCUUUAUCUGCAAUGCAUAUUCUUGCCCUGGAUGGUUUAAUAUCCAUGGUUCAGGGUAUGGCUGAGAGGCUAGGAAAUGAACCUCUUACAUCAGAGCCUCUGCAAGAUGAUGAGGGAUAUAAGGAAUUUUGGACAAAGACGUGUGAGAAUUAUAGUGACCCUAAUUUUUGGGUUCCAUUUGUCCGUAAGUUGAAAUACAUCAAGAGAAAGUUGAUGGUUGGAGCAGAUCACUUCAAUAGGGAUCCUAAGAAAGGUCUAGAAUUUCUUCAAGGAAUGCAUUUGUUGCCUGAGAAACUUGACCCUCAAAGUGUGGCAUGCCUUUUCAGAUACACCACUGGGUUAGAUAAGAAUCUUGUUGGGGAUUUUCUUGGGAAUCAUGAUGAAUUUUGUGUUCAGGUGCUUCAUGAAUUUGCUAGGACUUUUGAUUUCCAAGACAUGAGUUUAGAUACUGCAUUGCGUCUUUUCUUGGGAACUUUUAGAUUGCCUGGAGAAUCACAAAAAAUACAGAGGGUACUUGAGGCAUUUGCGGAAAGAUAUUAUGAGCAGUCACCACAUAUAUUAAUCAACAAAGAUGCUGCUCUCGUGUUGUCAUAUUCACUUAUACUUCUUAACACAGAUCAACAUAAUGCACAGGUAAAGAAAAAGAUGACUGAAGAAGACUUUAUCCGAAACAAUAGGAGAAUCAACGGAGGGAUGGAUCUUCCACGUGGGUUCCUGUCGGAGCUUUACCGCUCUAUUUGUGAGAAUGAAAUCCAGAUGAUCCCUGACCAAAAUGCUGGCUUUCCGGUGAUUGCAUCGAGCCAAUGGAUUAAUGUGAUUUACAAAUCCAGAAAGUCCUCCCCUUUCAUUGUCUGUGAUUCAACCGAGCUCCUCACCUAUGAUAUGUUUACUAUCCUUUCAGGACCCACAAUCGCUGCUUUGUCAGUGAUUUUUGAUCAGGUGGAGCAGGAAGAUGUUUUACAAACAUGUAUUGAUGGAUUCUUGUCUGUAGCCAAAAUAGCAGCAUGCUAUCACUGUGAUGAUGUGUUGGAUGAUUUGGUCGUAUCUCUUUGUAAAUUCACAACCCUCGUGACUCCAUUAUCCAUUGAGGACGCUAUCAUUUCUCUUGGAGAUGACUUGAAGACCAGGAUGGCAACCACAACAGUUUUCACCAUAGCAAAUAGGUAUGGUGAUUAUAUUCACUCUGGAUGGAAGAACAUACUGGACUGUGUAUUAAGCUUGCACAAGCUUGGCCUUCUACCUGCUAGCCUGACUAGUGAUGCAGAGUAUGAUCUGGAGCCCUCUUCUGAUCCAGAGCGGGGGAAACCUGCUACUGCUUCAUUGUCUGCAUCACACAUGCCAUCUGUGGCCACUUCUCGUAAAUCAUCUGGUUUGAUGGGCAGGUUCAGCCAGUUCUUAUCUUUUGAUAUGGAGGAGCCGAGGUCACAACCAACAGAACAACAACUCGCAGGUCAGCAGCGAACUCGUGAGACUAUACAGAACUGCCACAUUGAUAGCAUUUUUAUGGAGAGUAAGUUUCUCCGAGCUGAGUCUUUAUUACAGCUUGUGGAGGUCCUUAUCUCAGCUGCUGGCCGCCUCCGUAAAGUAACUGGAUCCAUUGAGGAUGAAGACACUGUGGUAUUCUGCCUGGAGUUGCUGAUUGCAAUUACCCUGAAUAAUCGAGACAGGAUAAUGCUUAUCUGGAAAGGUGUUUAUGAGCACAUAUCUGAUAUUGUUCAGUCGACUAUUAUGCCUUGCAUGCUGGUUGAAAAGGCUGUAUUUGGGCUCCUUAAGAUAUGCCAGCGACUACUUCCUUAUAAGGAAAACUUGACUGACGAACUCCUCAGGUCACUGCAACUGGUUUUAAAACUUGAUGCUCGGGUUGCUGAUGCUUAUUGUGAACACAUCACACAAGAAGUUAUGCACCUUGUAAAAGCAAAUGCAACUCAUGUGAGAUCCCAUACGGGUUGGCGCACAAUUAUUUCAUUGCUAUCUAUCACAGCUCGACAUCCAGAAGCAUCUGAAGUCGGGUUUGAGGCACUAGCAUUUAUUAUGUCUGAUGGGGCACACCUGUUACCGUCUAAUUAUGUUCUUUGUGUGGAUGCUGCAAGGCAAUUUGCUGAGUCUCGGGUUGGGGAGGUUGAUCUGUCUAUUUCUGCCUUAGAUAUGAUGGCAGGUUCUGUAGUUUGUCUAGUUACAUGGUCUUGCGAGACUAAGAUUGCUGUGGAUAAGGACGCUGCAGUAAAAGUCAGUCAAGAUAUCGGGGAGAUGUGGCUGAGGCUGGUCCAGGGUUUGAGGAAAGUGUGUUUGGACCAGAGAGAAGAAGUGAGGAACCAUGCUAUUUUAAUGUUACAGAGGUGUUUGGCAGGAGUGGAUGGGAUUCAACUUCCAAAUGCCUUGUGGUUGCAAUGUUUUGAUCUGGUGAUUUUCACCUUGCUUGAUGAUUUACUGGAAACCGUGCUGGGGAAAUCUCCAAAGGACUACCGGAAUAUGGAGGGAACGCUUGUUCUAGCCAUGAAACUCAUGUCAAAAGUGUUCUUGCAUUUACUGUUGGAUCUUUGGCGCUUACCUUCUUUCUGCAAACUAUGGCUGGGGAUUCUUAAUCGUAUGGAGAGAUAUAUGAACAUAAAAUUCAGGGGAAGACGUGGUGAGAAGAUGCAUGAAUUGAUUCCUGAGCUCCUCAAGGACACCCUACUUGUAAUGAAGACAACUGGAUUACUCACACCCAGUGACACUAUUGGUGGGGAUAGUUUUUGGCAACUGACAUGGUUGCAUGUUAAGAAUAUAUCCCCUUCUUUGCAAUCAGAAUUGUUCCCUGCAUUUGAAUUGGAGCAGCAGCAAUCAAAGCAAAUAAAAGCAGCAGGAAUUCCUGCACCUGAUGGAACUGAUCUUGUCCGUUCAAGUGAGACCACAGCAUGAGGUAUACCAGCUACAACACCAAGGAGGCAGCCCUCUAUGGUUGGAUGUUGAUAUUUAGAGUUGACACAGCCUUCAGAUUUCACAACAUCAAAAGUUUCUCGAGGAGAUGCAGAAACUAAGGAAGCAAGCUUUGGAACCUGGUUUAAUACUGGGUGGUUUGAACAUCUUCUUGUUUUUUUUUUUUUUUUUUUUUAAUUUCACUCAGUGAGCGAGUGGAAUGGCUCUAUUGGAGAGAGCGUAAGCAGUGCUAAUUUGUUAUACCAGUGGGCUCUUAGUAGAUAUCUCACUUAAAUUUUGUAUUUGGUUGAUUAAUAUAUAUACCAAAACCAUCAAAUACUUAGUGUCAGUAUGCUCUAUUGAUAAUGCAAUGGUCUAGUUCAGCUGGAUUUCUUGAUCUGCACUCUGAGCCAGAUAAUUUUUUAGCUUUUCCAUUGUUUAGCAAUAUCUGCGGAUCUCUUUCAGCAUUUCAAAUGUCAGAUAUUUGGCUGUUGCUUUUACAGAAUAUUUCAAUUUGGUGUAAUGUUAUUCAUAUAUCUUACAACUACCAUCUGACAAUCAUUGGAUCUGACAUUAGGAGAAUACUGAAUAAUGAUGUUGGGCCUAUAAAGGUUUAGCCCAUUAGGCCCAACACCGAAUAUCACCCUUUUCCGGAAGAGAAACUCUAUUCAGCAUCCGGCUUAAGUUUUCUACACCGCACACGUGAUGUGGCGAACCCAGUCUGGGUGCCACAUCACGGUUCUUGAUCUGUAAUUCCUCUACUGAAACUGCCUUCCUCUCCUCAUGCCCCUCUCUCUCGUGAUUCUCUCUCUCGUGUUCCUUUCUCCUGUGCUCCUCUUUCUCCCUCUGUGCUCCUCUCUUAUGCGCUCCUCUCUGUGAUUUUAGGGCAAAGUCGUCCCUUGCAAACUCUAGUCGACGUCGAAGAGAAGACCGUCCCUGCAUCCAGAUCUGUGGCCAAGCCACGGUAAGUUUCCGAUCGAAACCUGGUUUUUGAUUCCCCAGUACAGUGACAGGGUAAAUAUCUCCCCCGUGUCACUGCAAAUAUCUCCUCUUCGAUGGAAACUUGUAUGCCAGUGCAGGUGCUUCAGACAAUGAUUCAAAUGGGUGUUCUUGUACCUACUGGGAAUAUGACUGCUGUCAGACGAACAACAUAGUUCUUCCUUAACAGUUUUGAAGAGCAUCUUGCUGCACAAAGAAAGGAAAGAGAGCUGGCCACAAUGGAGCCAGGGUUUAAAAAGCCAUUGGGUAAGGAUGAAAGAGUAAUGAAAAAGAAACAAAGGCUGGCUCCAAUGGGUAAUUCACCUGGUGUAGAUCUUAUGUCUGUGAUAGGUUUUAUCAUGGUUGAUUAAGUUUCGAAUGUCACAACUAUAUGACAAUAGAUUUUGAGAGUUAAGUGCAUGUGGUGGGCAGAAUCAAUAAAUGCAUUUUGGGAUAUUGCUUUUGUAGAAACAUAAUUAAUAAUUUGGUCUUAUGAUUUUUAGGUAUAUUCUCAGGAAUAGCAAUCAAUUACAAUACCUUUGACAUGCUUCUUACCGGCAUAUAAAAUGCGAACUGGUUGGUCCUCUAUUUUAUUGGGAGUCUUGACUUUUCAGAGAAGAUUUUGUUCUGGGGUCUGUUUUUUCUUGUUGAACUUGAGACAUAGGAAGUUAAGGCAUACUCUGGGGUUAGAAUAAGAAAACCCUCUCCUUGUUUGAUGCGUACACAUGCAACUGUAUUCUGCCCCAUUAAAGCUUGAGAUUUUAGAAGUUAUUUAAAUUGUUCGUGGCUAAUUGAAUAACGAAGAUUAUGUAAUGUAUCCACGCAUGUACAGUAACAUAUUGUGUGCAUAUCUGCAUAUGUACAAAUAUAAUAAAGUAAACAGAUGGCUCUAUCUUAUCUUUAAACUUUCUACCGUCAGAUCAGUUAGUCAUGUGAAUGUUCUACUUCGGAUAACAAAAGCAAGUGCUAGGGUUUUCACAUGUUCCCCAUGAACAUGAGAUUCUAACUGUUGCACUCUCCUAACGGGAAGAUCUAUUAGCUAUUGCAGCAGAUCAACCCUUUUGAUUUCCCGCUACAUUCACAUUUGUUUUUAGAGCAUUUUCAGCAGUUUUGGAUGGCAUUGGAAAGGGCCUUGACCCUCGAUUUGAUAUUACCGAGAUUGCCAAACCCUAUGCGAUGGAGUUGUUAAAGGUUUAAGGAAGCUGGUUUUGAAGUUAUCCUGAAGGCAAACUCAAAACUCUCUUGACUUAUCAACAAGGAUAGCUUUCAGCCCUCAACGAGGAGUUACAUUUGUAAUUUGUAACACUUCUGUGGUAGAUGUCGGCAUUGUAGUAACCUUUAACGGAAUGAAUGUCUACUGAUGGUGUAUAAUUUUGUAAUAUACGAAAAAAUUGUUCAUUAAAAUGUGCUUCUGGCUUUAA